AUGCGGGUUGCUUGGUGGUUCACUCUCUCCCUGAGCAGCGUCGCAGUCGCAUCUCUGCCCAACGCCGACUCCAGCGCUCAUGAAUUACUUCUCCCGUAUCUCCCCCACUCUUCUUACGACGACACUUCCCUUAAAAGCGCCGCAAAGUCCUAUUUGUCAAUAAUCUGGUCCGUUCAAAAUGGCAUCGUCUGCGCCAACGACGAUGCGAUCUUUCCUCCAUCAGCGUCUAUGCGGCUACACGCGCCGCAGUAUCGCAACUCAAACGAAGCUCUUCUAGAUGAUGACAGUAUCCUGUCAUAUUCUUUGGAUGUGCGCCCGCUGUCGACAGAAGGUUCGGGUAUGGCCGCAGGCUUGCUGCGUCUCCGUGUAGAACUGCUCGACCUACACGGCAACCCCGUUACGACGAAUGCGGUAGUGGUGGACCUUCUCAAGUCUAGCAAUGGUGAAAAUAUCAUCAAGAGUGUUGGGAUUGGGCCCGGUAGCGCACUUCACGAGACUCACUCGGUGCCAAAGCCGCGGCCGUGGCAGAUGAACUGGUGGAAUUCGAAAGUAGACUCCUUGUUGAGCUACGUGCCGACUUCCUCUCAGAAUGAUGCUCCGCCAUCGGGCACCACGAACUCUCCAUAUACGACGUCUACGCCCUAUGCCGCUUCCAAGUCGAUCCAAGGCGACAAUAUAUACUCACCAUUCCACGCUUCACCAUCCCAUACUGGAUCGCGUUUUCUACACAAUUCCCGGACUUGGCGCGCAUUCGUGCUGCCCAUUGCUCUCGGUGCGAUGGCGGGUACGCUAGCCUACGCGGGCGGGUUUGUCAUUGGGAUGAUUGGGAUGUCCCUGUCCGCUCGGCGCAGUCAACGGUCUCGCCGACACCGCCGGCGCUCUCGGGUCUCAUCCAUUGAUAAUGAAAUUUUUGUCGAAAAGAAGCGGGUGAGGAUGCCUGAUAUUUAUGAGACUGACUCGGAAGAGGUAUGA